AUGGCUGAAGGUACCACAGCCCCUGCUUCCACGAGGCACGCAUGGCUUGUGCUCUCCCGCGACAGCGAUGUGAUUGGAUUGACGCUGAAGAACAAAAAGGUCUAUUUCCAGCCCCUGGCACGACUCCCCUUCUCCGUCGCCCCCGACGGCGAGAUCACGGUAUCCAACAAGUGGACAGCGUGCUGUCAACUGGACAGUCUCCAGACGGCUUUGCUUGACCGUGAAGACGCUACCCAUUUCGCAAUGACGUUGGGGCACUACGAGGCUACAGACCCAUCUGUCGCCAAGAUCGCCGACUGGCUGAAUGACGGAGAGGGAGUAUUGGAUCCUGAGACCUGGUUGCAGGUGAAAGCGGCAUGGCAGGAGCUCCUGCUUCAGCAACUCGGAGAGGACAACCCUACACUUCUUUCCGAUGAGAUGACUCGGCCUCAGAAGCGCUUCAAUGCACCGUUCACCCGACCUGACUCCUGGAUCAAAUUACAGCCCACUGGAAGCCAGACCCAUGACCUCGCGGUUCACGUGGCGGAUGUCCAGCCAAGCCAAUCCGGAGUCAGAAUGCUACAUCGGGACCGGGUCUCCGGGCACAUUGGCUCCUACACUGCAUUCGCGCCCCAGCUCGCCAAAAAGACAGGCGAAGAGGACGGACCCUGGAGGGCAUCUGUCGGGGCCCAGACAGCCAGGGUUUCACAGGCGCCGGAUGCAACGGCGCGGAACCCGCCAGACCUUGACCGCACAACUCAGCUCUCACAAGGCUGGAGCCAGAACUACUGCAACAGUCCUGGGGUGGCCUUGUCUGUCGCUUCACUGAACGACAAGUUCUCGACUCUCGCCGGCGAGGACCCCGUCAACCUGAUCAAGACAUGGCUCAACAUGGAGGCAGCGAUGAAGAGGGGAUUCAAGCAGCAUUCGCAGAGCCAGACAUCUGCCGUCGGCGUCUGA